UAACCUCUCAAACCGCAAUUCUUCCACCACCACCAACCAGGGCGGCACCGGCGACCCCAACAGUGGCAAAACAAACCGCACAUCACCCAAAUUCCGCCACUGCCGACGACAAACCCUCCACGGCCUCAAAUCGCACUUCUCCCACCUUCUUCCCAACAUCCACCACGGCGUCACCGGCGACUCCAACAGUGGCAAAAUAAACCUUCACUUUCUUUUGGAUUUAGAAAUUCUAGAUUUCCUUCAAGCGGCUUCUAAAUCCCCUUCCCACGCUUCACUCUAAGUUCCCUUCUCAUUUUCACUCUCAGUUUUGAAAUUCCCAUCUGAUUUCACUUUUUUCUUUUCCUUUUGUGGUUUAUUCCUCUAACGUUUUUGUCCUUUUGUGGUUUAUGCCUUUACCGUUUUUGCCCUUUCGUUGUUUCUUGCUUUACCGUUUUUACCCUUUCACACAUAAUCACAUUUUGCCACCUCACGGUUGUCAAGAGGAGAGUCAAAAUAACAUCUCCCAAAACAAAACAAAAUGCAUUGUGAGAGACUUCGUGGGUUGCCCUGCCUUGCUUCGCUGUCGUUUCGCCGGCCAAAGACACAACAAUUAUUGCCGUUUCACUGUCUGCUUUGGACAUCUCUUUCUUCUCUCCAACAGUUUGAUUUGACAAUUCACGAUGAACGACCUUCUCACUGAUUCAUUUGUUGGUGAAGCUAGUAAUGGCCAGCCUUCUAGAGAAAGUGACAUUGAAAUGGGACAGGUUCCGAGAAGUAACUCUGAUAUGGGAAUGGAAGCUUUUAAUAAGCAGAUCCAUGAGGCUGAUAAACAGAUCGAUAAGUUGGCGGUGCUACUUCAAAAGCUAAAGGAAGCUAAUGAGGAAUCGAAAGCUGUUACAAAAGCAUCUGCCAUGAAAGGCAUCAAGAAAAGGAUGGAGAAAGAUAUUGAUGAAGUUGGGAAGAUUGCUCAUGGUGUUAAAACAAAGAUUGAGGCUAUAAACAGAGAUAACCUAUCUAAUAGACAAAAGCCUGGCUGUGAGAAAGGAACGGGUAUUGACAGAGCAAGAAUGAAUAUGACAAAUUCCUUGACUAAAAAAUUCAAGGAUCUCAUGACAGAGUUCCAGACUCUUAGACAAAGAAUACAAGAUGAAUAUCGUGAGGUUGUGGAGAGAAGAGUUAUAACAGUUACUGGGACUAGGCCAGAUGAUGAGACUAUUGAUCGCCUGAUAGAAACUGGAAACAGUGAGCAAAUCUUCCAGAGAGCAAUCCUAGAAGCAGGCCGAGGACAGGUAGUGAACACAGUAGAAGAAAUUCAGGAGAGACAUGAUGCUGUGAAAGAGAUUGAGAAAAAACUUCUUGAUUUACACCAGAUUUACCUUGACAUGGCAGUCUUAGUUGAUGCUCAAGGAGAAAUUCUAGAUAACAUUGAAAGUCAGGUGACAAACGCAACUGAUCAUGUGAGACUGGGUAACGACGCUCUCCAAACUGCAAAAAGUUUGCAAAAGAAAUCAAGAAAAUGCAUGAUGAUUUCCAUUAUAUUGCUCCUGGCCAUUGCCCUCAUCAUCGUUCUCGCUGUUUUGAAACCAUGGAAGAAGUAACCAGAGGAGAGGAAAGUAAUUUUAUUGCUUAGUUAUAAAGAACAGAACUAUAUAUAUUUCACAUUUAAUUUUCUUUUAAGUGCAUGAAAACCCUGAAUUGUUACAGUAGUUACUUUGAUUGUAGUACUUCUACAUUGUCAAAUUGGCUUUUAGUGUACGCUUGCUCGGCUAAUACAUAAUAGGUUGUCCACUAUUUUUCUUUAA